AUGGAUCAUCCCAAUCCUCCUGUCGACACAUCUCGUCGACCUGCAUCUGACUUCGACGAGACUUCUACUAGCAUCCAUCCCACCUCGGAGAUCCCUGCUACCAGUGGAUCUCCCAACUCUCCUCGAACUCGCUCAAGCUCUGUAGAAGGUCCGUUUGGAUUUGGAUACUCGGGUUAUCGAUCUCCACUCAGUGAUUUCGUCUUCUCCACUCCAUCUGACCCGGGAUCCAGCAUUCCAAUUGAUCCUACACUGGAUACUGACUGGGACCCUGACACAGAUCACCGCGACCCUUUUCAGUCAUCUGAUCCAUACGCAAUGGGAGGAACAACCCCAUUCCAAGACCCGGAGGUCUUCCCCUCCUCCUCCAUGAACCCUGUCCAAACUGUUGGCCGUACCGAUCUGCCUUCUGACCCAUCGGGUAAGUACACUCCUGAGCAGUUUGCACGAAUCUUGGCAUUUAUAAGGAACCUCCGGCGUGCGCUGGGUGCAUUGCAUGACCCAGUCGCCGCGGACUUCCUAAAUGACCCCCAUGCCAUUCGUCACUACCCCCAUCUGCUUUCUCGGCAACAGCAUGAACGUGAGCGACGGAAUCGCGAGAAGAACAUGGCUGAAAAGAAAACCACAGAGGCCGAAAGACGGCCAAUGGACCCUGAGCAGUUGGCUUCCCCCGGUCCUGCCCAACCUUCCCCGCGAGAAUCGAGUGCACCUGAGUCUUCUCUCCGCGACACUCCAGCUCAAAGCGCGUCUGGAACUUCCCCACGUGAGUCGAGUGGACCUGAGUCUUCUCUCCCCGACACUCCAGCCCAAGGCGAGUUUGGACCCUUCCCACGUGAGUCGAGUGCACCUGAGUCUUCUCUCCGCGACACUCCAGCUCAAAGCGCGUCUGGAACUUCCCCACGUGAGUCGAGUGCACCUGAGUCUUCUCUCCUCGACACUCCAGCCCAAGGCGAGUCUGGACCUUCGCCACGUGAAUCGAAUGCACCCGAGUCUUCUCUCCCCGACACUCCAACUCAAGGCGAGUUUGGACCCUCUCCACGUGAAUCGAGCGCACCUGAACCUUCUCUUCCCCACACUCCAGCUCAAGGCGCACCUGAGUUGUCCCCCCAGAACACUCCAGCUCAGGACGCACCUGGAUCAAGCCAGACCACGCAGUCUGAAGAUGAAGCAUCCGACGAACCGGCCCGGAAGCGUGCUCGAUACACUAUCGAACCCAAGAGCCCAACUCCAGGGCCAUCAACCAUCACCUCUGCCUCUGCCCCGACUCAGCGUCGCGGCACCUCAUCCCGGGUGAAGACCACCCCCUCAUCUUCCUCAGCUGCCCGUGGCCGUUCUAGCCGCCAGUCUACCCCCGCGGCUACUCCAUCCUCCAGCCGUCGUUCAGGAGCAAGCACCAAGACCGAAGGUGCCACCCCAGGACCUUCUGGGGCUAAUACCGCUGCUUCCUCUCGCCGUCUGCACAACUCCGACAUCAUCUUGUCUGCGAACAAGGUCGGAAGGGGCAACCCAACCCCCCGUUCCUGGGACACCGCCUUGUUCGCAGACAAGAUGAUGUCGCAGAUGAAGCAGACCACCAAGAUGUCCUGGCGCGACAUCGCGGAGGCCUGGAAUGCGAACCUCGGCGCGGGCAGCGAGGAGAUGAACCCGCGUGGUCUCACCAAACGCUGGCACCGUAUCCAGCACAGCAUUGGUGUCUGGCCCGGCUUCGAUGAAGCCCUUCUUGAGGCCGUCGCCGGGUUCGACGGCGAGCUGGAUGAGGCCGGCUUCGCGCAGAUCGCGGAGCAGCUCUCCGCUGAGCUUGGGUGGGAGGUUUCUGCCGCGGCCUGCCAGGGCCAAUACAAGGUCCUGAAGGCCGCGGGCAGGGUGGAUGUGAAGGGAAAGGGAAGGGCAAAGUAA